AUGUUCGACACAGACGACUCCAUGGACGACGCCGACGCCGCCGCAGAAACAUACCAGAUGAUCCGCUACAUCCGCGUCCCCACGCUCGCCGAGCUGGGCCUCCGCCGCAGCGACUACGCCGUCGUCCCCUCCACCCCAUCAUCCCCCGCCUCCGCCAAGGAAGAGUCCCCCGAGCCCCCCGUGCGCGGCCGCGGGGUGUUGAGGAUCCUGAGAGAGGUCACGCGGGACGGUGGACUGUGGUACAAGACGCUGUUUGUGGACAGACACACGGAGCUGGUGCCGUUUACGGAGCUGAUUGGGCUCGAGGGCGGCCCCAUGGCGCUGGAGGAGCUGGGCGACGAGCCCGUGCCGAGACCGCCGCCGUCGACGUCGGGCCAUUCCCGGAGUGGCAGAGCUGCGGCGUUUUCGUAUCGGGACGCCGAGGAGGACGACGAAGAUGACAAGUCGGAGCAGGAAGAAGAAGAAGACGAGAAGGAGGAGCAAGAGGAGACAGACACCACCUCUCGCCGCGGAUCCUCGCGCCAGCACGACCCCCCCGAACGCGAGCUCCGCCGCCGCCGCGUCGCAUCGCUGGCCUCCAUGCGCAAAGCCGCCGCCGCCGCCGAACGGAGCCCCACCCCCGAGAUCUCGGAGGACGAGCUCGCAUCGCCGGUGAAGGCCGGGCCCGCAACACGCAGGACCCGAUCAAAGCCGCUGAGGCAGGCGGCGAUGCUGCCGUACAGGGGACAGUCCCAGGCCGGCCCGGCAUACGACUCCGAGGACGACCUGGUCGUGUCGGACCUGCAGCCGCCGCCACGACAAAGCCGCAAGCGCCGUGCGUCGCAGCUGCCGCGCGGGGGUGCCCGCGGGAAGAGACGGCAGGUGGAGGGGUCCGACUAUGAAGAGGAGGAGGCGACACGCAUGAGCGCCCGGGUCACGAGGCGCGGCAUGUACACGGAGCCGGGCAUCGACGACGACUACUACAUAGAGGCCGACCCGCAGAAGCCGGGCCGCCCGCGCGCCGUCCACAGCAAGGAGGUCUUCCCGCUCAUUGAGCCCAAGACCAGCUUUGGCCGCAAACACACGCAGUACUGCGAGACGUGCAUGACCAGCGGGCCGUCGGGCAGCAGAGGGAACCUGGUCUACUGCCAGGGCUGCUCGGCCGCGUUCCAUGUCGAGUGCAUCGGCCCCCGCUCAACCCGCAUGCACCUCGUCACUAAGACCGCGGACGACGACUUUGUCAUGCAGUGUAGGCGCUGCAUCAACCUGGCGCGCAAGAAGGACCCGACGGCGCCGGACGGGGCCGCGUGCCAGACCUGCCACGAGCAGGGCGCGGCCUGCAUGCCCUUCAGCAUACCGCCCGGCAACGGCAAGAAGAAGGGCUCGGCCGAGGCGACGCCCGAUGCGGACGUCGAUGCGGACCUGCUGUAUAACCCGGCGCUCGUACUGUUCCGCUGCAUGCACUGCAAGCGCGCAUGGCACCCCGAGCACCUCGACGACGACGCCGACGCCCGCGCCUUCCGCUGCGGCGACUGCGCGGCGCACACCGCCAAGAUCCAGACCAUCCGCGCGUGGCGCCCCACGGGCACACCCCCCCCCACCGCCACCCCCGCCCCCGCACACCUGGACAUCGCAGACUACACGGAGGACGACAGGGAGUACCUCGUCAAGUUCCAGGGCGCAUCGUACUUCCGCGCCGAGUGGCUGCCGGGCCCGUGGGUGUGGGGCGUGGCCCUGCAGAUGCGCGGCCACUUUGUGAAGAAGAGCCCGCUGAUGGCGUGGACCACGGAGGCGGCCGUGCCCGAGAGUAUGUUUAGGAUUGAGAUUGUCUAUGAUGUGCGGUACACGAGCUUUGUGCCGACGGGCCGCGAAAGAGAUGUGGAUGUGGCGAGGAUUGGGGAGGUGUGUGAGGCGCUGGUGAAGUGGCAGGGGGGUGAGGGCGGCGAUGUGGUGUGGGAGGUGCCGCCGGCGGAGCCGAAAGGCCGUGGGAGGCGGCGGGCGAAGAGGAUUGUGGAGCUUGACGCUGGUGGGGAAGAGGAGGGGGCGGAGGAGGAGGAGGUGGUGGAGAGUAAUGAGGUGGGGAGGUGGGAGGACUGGAGGAAGGCGUAUGAGGACUUUGUGGCGGGGCAUUAUGUCCACUUGCCGAAGCGUACGGCGAAGCGCAGGGAGAUGGUUAGGGGGAAGAGCUUUAAGACGUUUGAGAAGAAGGAGCAGCCGAGUUAUGUCGUUGGCGGGAAACUGAUGAAGUAUCAGAUGGACGGGAUGAAUUGGCUAUACUACAAAUGGCACCAAGGCCAGACCUCCAUCCUCGCCGACGAAAUGGGCCUCGGCAAGACCAUCCAGAUCAUCUCCUUCCUCUCCAUCAUGGUCAACGACCUCUCGCUCUACCCCUUCCUGAUCGUCGUCCCGCACUCCACGGUGCCCAACUGGAAGCGCGAGAUCCAGAACUGGGCGCCGUCCAUGCGCGUCGUCGCCUACUACGGCUCUUCCGAGUCCCGCGCGCUCGCCCGCAAGUACGAGCUCUUCCACCAGGGCACCAAGAGCCUCAAGUGCCACAUCGUCGUCACGUCGUACAGCACGCCCGUGUCGGACAGCCAGUACCUCAGGGGCAUCCCGUGGGAGGCGCUCAUCGUGGAUGAAGGCCAGCGGCUGAAGAACGAUGAGAGUCUGCUGUAUAAGGCGCUCGACGGGUACAGGAUUAGGCAUAAGGUGCUCAUGACGGGCACGCCGCUGCAGAAUAACCCGAGGGAGCUGUUUAACCUGCUGCAGUUCCUGGACCCGGGGCUGGACGCGAAGGAGCUUGAAGAAGAGUAUGGCGACCUGGACAGCGAGAAGGUCCGCCGGCUGCAUGAGCUCAUCAGGCCCUUCUUUUUGCGCAGGACGAAGAGGGAGGUGCUGGCGUUUCUGCCGCCGAUGGCGGAGGUCAUUGUGCCGGUGACCAUGUCGAGCCUGCAGCGGAAGCUGUACAAGAGUAUCCUGGCGCAGGACCCCGUGCUGAUCAAGAGCAUCUUUAGAAACCCGGGGGAUAAGAGCAAGAUGGGGAAUCUGCGGAACGUGCUGAUGCAGCUGCGGAAGGUGCUGGGGCACCCGUUCUUUUACAGCGAUGCCAUUGAGGACCGCGGGUUCGACCAGGAGACGCUGCACAGGAACCUCAUCGAGGCCGGCAGCAAGCUCGAGCUGCUCAACAUCAUGCUGCCGAAGCUGAAGGCGCGCGGCCACCGCGUGCUCAUGUUCUCGCAGUUCCUGGGCAUGCUGGACGUCAUGGAGGACUUUUUGGCGGGGCUGGGGAUGGCCUAUCAGCGCCUCGACGGCGGCACAAACACCCAGGAGAAGCAGCGGCGCAUCGACGCGUUCAACCGCCCCGGGUCCAAGGACUUUGCGUUCCUGCUCUCCACGCGCGCCGGCGGCGUGGGCAUCAACUUGGCCACUGCGGAUACGGUGAUUAUUCUCGACCCGGACUUCAACCCGCACCAGGACAUCCAGGCGCUCAGCCGCGCGCACCGCAUCGGGCAGAAGAACAAGGUGCUGGUGUUCCACCUCGUCACGCGCGACACGGCCGAGGAGAAGAUCAUGCAGAUUGGCAAGAAGAAGCUGUCGCUCGACCACCUGAUCAUCGAGCGCAUGGGCGCCGAGGGCGCCGACGACGACCAGGUCGACGUUGAGAGCGUGCUGCGCUUUGGCGCGCGCGCGCUGUUUGAGGACGAGGGCGCCCUGGAGGAGAGGCGGAUUAGGUACGAUGAGGAGGGCGUGGAGCGGCUGCUGGAGAGGAGUGCGGUCGAGGAGACGAGGACGCAGCACACGGAGGGCGCCGAGGCGAAUGCGUUUAGCUUUGCGCGCGUGUGGGCGAGUGAGAAGGGGGCGCUGGAGGAGGGCGGCCUCGCGGAGAGCGGGGCGGAGGAGGAGGAGGAGGUGGUGGAUGUGGGCUUUUGGGAUAAGUUGCUGGCGGAGCGGGAGGAGGCGGCGAGGGCUGCGGCGGCCGCCGCGGCGGAGGAGCUGGGCAGAGGGAAGAGGAGGAGGAAGGUCGACUAUAGCGCGCCCGACGAUGAGUAUAACCACACUACUAAGACGGCCGCGUCGGGGACCGAGGACGAUGGGGAGUUUCGCGAUGAGGAGCCGGACGCGCAGAGUGAGAGUGAUGCGGAGAUGGGCGUGGAUCUGGGCGAUGGCCUGGACGGCCUUGAGCUGCAGGAGCGCAUCGCGAAGUACCAUGAGCGCCAGGCAGCGGGGAAGAAGCUGGCUGCGCCGCCGAGGUUGCCGGGGCCGCCGGGGACGGGCGUGUGGAUGCCGUCACCACCACCACCGCCGCCGCCGCCGCCGCCGCAGCAGCAGCCUAAUAACCACCACCACCGCCACCACCAGCCCGCGUCCCCCCCAGCACCGGCCGUACACCGCCCGCGGCCCCGUCCCAGCACGGGGGCGUUUCAGCGCGUGGAGCUCCUCCCGCUCACCGAUACCCCGGGAGAGCCGAAGUGCAAGGCGUGCGGCAUGCACCAUCCGCGCGGCGAGUGUAAGCUGAAGGUGAUGGGGGCGGAGUAUUGUCCGCUGUGUGGGCUGGCGCAUUUUGGGAAGCAGCCGGGGCUGUGCGCGCAUUUGGGGAGUGAGGGGGCGCUGACGGCGAUGUUGAGGGCGCUGAGGGAGAGUACGGAGGAUAGGGCGCUGGUGAGGGAGGCGAAGGCGUAUAUUACGGGGAGGAAGGGGGGGGUGAAGAGGAAGAGUACGGGUGCGGGGGCGGCGGUGGGGAAGAAGGAGUAG